GGACACUGUUCCUCAGUCUGAGAAUCUUYCUGCUGAGUAAAAAUUCACAGAUUUUUGCUUUUUCCUUCUGUUAUCACAGACAAUGACGCCGAAUAAGAGUCCAGACACUUCCCUGAUCGAYCUGGCUGUGAAGAUGAGGAAACAGGCUGAGACCAGGAAGGUGGUGCUGGCCUGGGGACUCCUCAAUAUAUCUGUAGCUGGCAUCAUUUACACUGAAAUGACUGGGAAACUUCUAAGCACAUACUACAACAUCACCUGCUUUCCACUCUGGUAUAUUGAGUUUGCCCUGGCAGCCCUGUUCAGCCUCAAUGCCCUGUUUGAUUUCUGGAGAUACUUCACCUACACAGCAGCACCAGCAAGUUUGGUCACAAGUCCCAGCCAGCAGGUUGUGGGCUGGCUACGCAAGGCAGCUGUACCUGUCACCCCUCCACGGGAGCCAGCAGCCAAGAGGGUGCUGUCCCUGACACCUUCCCCACCCAUCCAGGGGCAGUGUGUGCUGAGCUACAGCCCCUCCCGUUCCCCCAGCGCCAGCCCCAAAUUCUCUGCGAGCUGUCUGAGUGGAUACAGCCCCCAACUGCAGGCCCUGGCAGGAGCCAGCCCCUCUCACAGCACCUCUGUCACUUAUUCACCCAGCAGCAGCAGCUACAGUAAGGUUUCCAGCUUCAGCCACUCUCCCAAUGGAUCUCCACAUUCCAUGAGCGUGGCACCGGUGGACAGCGGUGGGAUAAGGUCUCACUACCGAUUCUCCCCCAUUYUGUACAACAAUUCCACCUACAAAGAUGACUGCAUAACAGAUGUCAAAUCCCUGGACACCUUCCUGAGGAACGAGGAGGAGAAACAGCACCGAGUUCAAUUGGGAAGCUCAGAUUCCAGCUCUCCUUCCAGCAGCCCAACUUUUUGGAAUUACAGCCGGUCCAUGGCAGACCACGCACAGAUCCUGAGGAAAUUCCAAUAUCAGUUGGCUUGCAGAUCCCAGGCUCCUUCUGCACACAAGGAUGAAGCUGAUCUGAGCUCAAAACAGGCUGCAGAGGAGGUUUGGGCACGGGUGACAAUGAACCGACAGCUCCUGGAUCACAUGGACUCCUGGACAGCCAAAUUCAGGAAUUGGAUCAAUGACACCAUUCUGGUUCCUCUCGUGGAAGAGAUGGAAUCUGUGAGCACUCAAUUGAGGAGGAUGGGAUGUCCUGAACUGCAGAUUGGAGAAGCCAGCAUCAGCAGCCUCAAACAGGCAGCCCUGGUGAAAGCUCCACUCAUCCCCACCCUCAACGCUCUGGUGCCCUACCUGGAUCUCACCCCCAACCAGGAGUAUCUGGUGGAGAGGAUCAGAGGUACGUGGUGCUGCUGCUAUUUGGUUGUGUUUGCCCAGAUCCUCAUGCACGUGUUCUGCACUUACCUGGACUCCAGGCUUCCUCCUCACCCCAAAUACCCCGAUGGCAAAACCUUCACAUCCCAACAUUUCAUCCAGACUCCGGAUAAACCAGACACUUCAAAUGAAAACGUGUUCUGCAUCUACCAGAGCAGCAUCAACCCACCCCACUACGAGCUGAUCUACGAGUGCCACGUUUACAGCCUGCCCAAGGGCAGGAAUAACAUGUUCCACACCUUGCUGAUGUUCCUGUACAUCAUAAAGACAAAGGAAUCUGGGAUGUUGGGGCGUGUAAAUCUGGGUUUGUCAGGAGUCAACAUCCUGUGGAUCUUUGGGGAAUAAUGGGAAUUGCUCCGGAGAACGUCGCUGCUCUAGGAUAAACCUGGAUUUAAACAUGGAUCAAUUAAAGCUCAGCUCUGUGGACAGAGGGAGGAAAUGUCUGUGAUUCCUGAGUGGAUUUUACCAAAACAUUACUCAGAAUAUUUCACUGUGGGAAUGUUCCUCUGGAUGAACUCUCAGAGUUCUCCUYCCUGCUCCUCACUUGAACCAGUCCUGCUUGAACUGAGCUUAACUGAUCUCAGACUAAACUGAACUGAGGCUGCACAGCUGUGAGUGAUCCAACACCUGGAAGGAUAAACCAGCUUGGAGAACUUCAGCAUCCAAGAAUUUCCAAAUUUGGAAGCUCAGAYUCAGUUUUGCUUCAUUUUAUCCUGCAUGAUAAAAACCCAUGAAUUUUUAUCCCUGAUUUUUGAUGUAAUUGUGUUUUCUGACCUCUCGAGAUGUUCCUGCAGCUGAAAAGACAAAAUUAUGUUUGACUUGCUGAGUUCAGCAAAUGAGAAUUUUUAUUUCAUUUUCAAUUUUUAUUUCAUUUUCAAUUUUUAUUUCAUUUUCAAUUUUUAUUUCAUUUUUCAAUUUUUAUUUCCAUUUUUUAUGCAGAACCAACGUGGCCUCUCCCUUUUGGGGGCCUUUGGAGCUCUGAACUCCCCAGGUCCCUUCACUGCCACCUACCUUGGCUUUUAAAUUUAAUUUUCCUGCAAUUUUUCUCACUUAUCACCACCAAUUACAGAGUUUUUUGCACCCUGGUGGGAAACCAGGCUUUACACACCCAGGUUUUUGGGAUGUACUUUUUUUUUUGGGAAAAAAGCACUUGGAUUUGCUUCAAAGAAAGGAUCAAUGAAUAUUUAUCAAAUUUCUCUAAGGGGCAGAAUGUGUUGUAAAUUCUGGUAAAUGAGCAUUUAUAGAACCAUAAACACUUGAAAUCAUUGUACUGUAUUUUUUACUGAUGGGAGGGAAAGAGGAAUUUUUGGAACUUUGCUGUUUUUGGGGUUUUGGUGACUCUGUCUCUUCCCUGGGGGAUCUGGGUUUUUUCCAAAGAAUUGGUAACAAAAUGGCUCAUUGGGUUCUUGCAUUAAAUAAUUUUGUUUUAUCAAA